AUGCUGAAGGCCCUCUGGAGAGGGCCUCACAUUCGCCUGCUCAUCAAGUAUGCACCAUUGACCGACGAGCAAUUUGAGUACGCGAAGGACCAUCUCGAUGAACCUGUAUUCCCUGAUCGAGAGCGGAGACCUCGCAAUCCACUAUGGAAAGAUGUGAUAUGUGAUGGAGCAAUUCUCCGGAGAGGGACUGACGGAAUCUGCGGCUUCCACCUUAAAGUCCCCUACAUUAAGGCCUUGAACAUACCCUCGAAAAUUCUCAAAGAAUUGCGGAAAGUUGCCUUAAACUUCACCAAUGACCUGCUCACGGAUGAGGACGUCUUACAUGCUUUCUGUAAUGGAAUUUCUACAACACUCGUCUAA